AUGGAGAACCCCACAUGGAACAGUCGAGCGCCCAUCAAGCAGCACGACAGCAGCAACGCGCGCGCCACAGACGUGCAGCACUGGCCAAAGAUCGUUACGAAGGAGAAUUGCGACGAUAACAGCACAAGACGCCCGUACAACAGCGACAAGAGGUUGUUCAAUAUUUCAAUCAAUUUUCCACAGCAGAGCCGAGCACAAUUCAACUUCCCAGGCAGCCAGCGAAAGCAAUACAAGAGCUAG